AAAUCUCACAGACAUACAUACAUACAUUAUAUUCUAGUUACAAAAAUACUUUAAAAUAAAGUCAGAAAAUGGAGGCCCCAGCUUUUGCAUUGAACGAAGAUCAAAUGAAUGAGGUGCGCGAGGCAUUUGGAACGUACGAUCCGAAUAAUACGGGAAAAAUCAAGGGAAAGCAAAUGGGUCUCGCGAUGCGUAUGUUGGGCUAUUGCCCAACCGAAGCGGAGCUGUACGAUCUGAUCGAUGAGAUCGACAUGGAUGGCGAUGGCGAAAUAGAGUUCAUGGAAUUCGUAAUGAUGAUCACCAAACGCAUGGAGGGCUUGACCAAAAUCGAGAAUCUAAGGGUUAUAUUCAAACUAUUCGAUCGCGACGACGACGGCUUUAUAUGCGCGAACGAAAUGCGAAAUGUUAUGCACAAUCUGGGCGAACGGUGCUCCGAGGAGGAGUUCAAUGAAAUGAUGAAGGAAGUCGAUGCUGAUAACGAUGGAAAACUCAGUUUUCAAGACUUUGUGAAUGCCGUCAGGAAUUGAGAUUGUUAACGAAAGAGCGUGAGAGAGGGCGAGAGAUUAGCAAAAUGGGGUCUACUGAAAAAAUACGAGUCUAAAACUUGAGCUGCUCGAAGUCUGUGAAAGAGGACUUGAAUGAAAAAGAAAUUGGAUGGAAUCUCAAAGAAUAUAUCGAAUAUAUAUAUCAUAUAAAGGUCUAUAAGAGUGAAAAUUCAAUGAGUAGAAGAGCGGAAGAGCU